AUGCGCAUCAACCUGCCUCCGCUGACCCGCGGCCUCUUCCUCUUCCUGCUCGCCAUCUCCUCGCUGAACGCCGCCCUUCGUUUCCGCAAGUGGUCGGCCUCCCUGACUGCGCGACCCGGCGCAGCAGAAGCAGUCAAUUAUGUCUGGGCGCGCGAGUUUGCCAUACCCUACCUCGUCCUCCUCCCCACCACCGCCUACAAGUUCCCUUGGACCUUUCUCACAGCCGCUUUGGUGGAAAACAAUCUGGUUUCCCUCGCCAUCAGCGGGGUGGUGAUCUGGUUCGGAGGACGAUACCUGGAACGGGCAUGGGGAAGCAAAGAGUUUGGCAAGUUCUUGCUGUUCGUCACUAUGAUACCCAAUCUCUUCGCCUGCAUUGUCUACGUCCUCUGGUAUGCCGGGACAAUGACCCCAACUUACCCCACACCUAUCCAGGGCCUCAUCGCCCUCGAAGCUGGCUUCCUCGUCGGCCUGAAACAGCUCGUGCCCGAACACACAGUCUCUCUCCUCAAAGGCUCGGUUCGCAUUCGCAUCAAACACUUUCCCGCCAUCUUCGUGCUGGCCAAUAUGAUCUCUGGGCCCUUGCUCGGUACUGACACCGCCUUCUGGCUAUCAUUGACCGGCUUUCUUACCUCAUGGAUCUAUCUCCGUUUUUAUCGAAUUUCCGAAAUUACCACAGGCGCGGCGACCGGCGGCGAGGGUGCGAUCCUGAAAGGAGACGCAAGCGAUACAUUCUCCUUCGUCGCCUUCUUCCCAGAUGCACUACACCCAGUCCUGUCGCCAAUCUGCGAUGGGGUAUGGAAUGCGAUGCUUGCGCUCCGCAUAUGCGCGCCUUUCUCUGACGAGGCGAUCGAGGCCGGGAAUGAGGGUGCGGCUUCCAGGUCCGACGGCUUGCCUCGCCAUAUGGAUGGAAGAGGCGGAGGCGGGCGCAGAGCAGAGGCCGAGCGGAGAAGAGCACUGGCAUUGAAGGCCUUGGACCAGAGACUAAACGCUGCCACUGCCAAUCGGGUCGGCGUGCCGUCCGAAGAGCCUGCUGACGAAGGCGCCGAGGUGGAGGAUGCUGCUGAAGCCCAAGCGUAA